UGAUUGCUUGCUGUCUUGGUGUUGUUGCUGUUUGCGCAAUAUAGUGAUAAUACAUUGAGACGUUGUUAUAUUACUAGUAUUACAUUAUUUUAAUGCGUGGAGAUACCUGAAAGAGAAUCCUAGGUCUUUACGCUGUGCUGUACACAGCGUAAACUAGUAUCAAGUAAUUAAUAACAUAUAUUAAUAAUUGUUAAUAAUUGAUACAUAAAAAUGGAUAACUUACGUGGGAAGCCGCUUGAGGCUACUACUAUGGACUUUGAUACGGAGAGCCUCUUGUCUCUGGGAACUGGAGUCAAAUACGAAGAUCCUAAAUUUCAUUUGAACUUGGUUCAAAGGAAAGAGCUGCCAUCUGAGCGUCCUCUGAUAAAUUCGACGAAAUGUCAAAGGUUAUCGUACUUCAGGGCAGUAACUUCAUCGCAAUCGAAAUGCGAGAUUGUUGCGACACAACAUAGCAACAUAAACAGUUUCCUCUGGUUCUAUUCUUUCAACGUGUUCUUCAAGAGCUUGCCUCAUUACUUUGUUCACUUCUUCCUCGCUGCGUACGCGCCCGAAGAACACCUGUUUAUUGUUAAGAUGGUGCCUAUCUGUUUUGGAAUGAAAUUCUUAUUCGCCAUAGUUGGAUUUCUGGAGGUUCUAUUUUUAACAGAUUUGACAGUCGUAAUGGGUUUUUACACCUUCUAUGGUUUAGUAGCGAAGAACCCUUGGAAUAGGUGUCAGAAAGGCAGAGUGUACUUCGAUCCAAUGUACAAUCUCACAGUUCAUUGCUAUGAGUUGAAAGAAUUUUCCACACUCUUCAUAAAUAAGACUCAUUAUCAGUACGAGAUGUUUUACGUUCAUCAAGAUACUGGCGAAUAUUUCCAAGUAUCGCAACUGGAGUAUUACAGAGAUUUAGUGACUUAUAUUACGUCGACAUGGAAUAUUUCAAUUUUUGUAUUGUCGUGGCUUGCCGUGCAUUUGUUGCCUCUGCUUGCUUGGAAGGCCUCUUAUUGGAAGAUCUUGCACUACUGUCAAUGGGGCGUCAACUAUGUGGACAUAGUAUUGUUUGUAUAUUUAUUGUAUAUGCAUUAUGCCACUGGAUACCAUUCUGAGAUAAACCCUCCUAUCCCGUAUGACAAGCCAGGUGCAGAGAUAAAAUAUGGUGUGACCAGACUAUCUGUGGAGGCAGAACAGUCACUUUGGGCGGGUGAUCUAGAAAUGCUUGCGGAAUCAAUGACGGCACCUUCGGUUAUCCAUAUUCUAGUAUCAAGAAGUUCUCAAGAGAUUGACCCAGCAGCUGACAGUUCCGUGAUGAUGAUAUCCAACGCGUUAACUUAUAUAUUCAGAGCCUUACUGGUAUCCAGGGUUAAGCAACAUUGCGAGGAAUUGGUUCAUACUACGAUGCCCUUUUCUGGCUUUAAUGAACAUUCUUGGUUCUACUAUUGGCCCAUGUUGUGGACAGAUUUUAUUCUCGGUGAUAUAUUUAGCGUAUUUUACAUGAACUUUAACAUGUUCACAGAAAUGUUUAUGAUUGGUGUAACAAACUUGUGUGUUAUGGAAACGAUUAAUUACGAGUGGCCACGAGUAAAAAAGUGGAUGAUAGCAACCGUGUCAUAUAUAUUGGGACUUGUUUUGUACUGCACUAUUUCUAUCGAUACUCGCGCAAUUUUAUGGGUGUACGGCAAAGGCAUAGUAUCUUUGGCAGAAGUUCUGUUCCUUUACCUAGUGUACCCGAUAUCCAGACUUGUUGACGAUUUUACGUUCCAUUACGGAGCCCCUCCUACACGAUUGAGAAUUUUAAGCAUUAAACUGGUCCCUGUGUAUUAUGCGCUAAAACUAUACCUAAUGUUCAGCUCAAUGUGGAAGGCGAUGUCAGCGGCACCAGUGGGCCAGUUGAACAGCCACUAUGUCUGGUCCUGGUUCCUCAUGGUCCUACCCAUUAUAUUGGGAGUAUUCUACAUGAUAUACAAAUAUCUUGUUAUACAUAGAACGACUUGGAACUACAUAUUCCGCCCUAUCCCAAAAUGGGGGCCACGUGACUUUUCAGUGAGACAACUAAGAAAGCAAUUUGAUUCACGAUAUUACAUAGGUUCUGAAGUACCAAGACUGUUGAGCCGUUAUCUUCUGUCAAAGAGAGAAACCAAGGUGUUCAAAGUGGAUGUCCGUUAUGACGUACAGAGGAGAUCGACAGUCAGCAAGGCGGUUGGAUUUGGAGCCUACAAAGAUGCCAAAUCUAAAAUGCAAUAAUAUUAUUUUAGUGAUGAUAAAUAGCGGUAAUAUUAUGAAGGACGCCUUCUGUGUAAAUAAUUUAAAACUAUGUAAGACAAUUUCGAUACUGUUACCAAAAUAGUUAUUUUUUGGUUAAUUUUCCGAACCGUUUUUACACAGGUUCCAGUUUACACUGCUAGAGGUGUUCACGUAGCAUUUGUGUCAAUACAGUUUGGGAAAAAUAGAGUAAAAAAGCUUUGCUGCUUUUUUCUUGCAAAUUCAGAAAUAUUUAACUACCUAUUUAUAUAAUGAAUUGUUUAAUUGUAUUUUAAGUUUCUCAA